AUGGAACAAGACUGGCAUGAUGAUGAAUCACAACAACAAUUACAUCAACAACGAUGGCAUCGACGUGUGACGAAAUCAUUAGCUUAUGCCGCUUCACAUGGUAAUUCAGGUCUAGUCCAACGCAUAUUGAACGAUGAAAGACUUGGACCUUUUCUCAAUGUGGAUGAUUCUGAUGAUAAAUCGAUGGGAACAACUCCUUUGAUCUAUGCUUCUUGUUUUGGUUACGCUUCCAUUGUUCAAUUAUUAUUGGAUGCUGGUGCUAGUGUGGAUGUUCAAGAUAAAAUAGGAUGGUCACCUUUAAUGUGGGCAACUACAAACAACCAUAAAGCCAUAGUUGAAAUAUUAUUAGCUCAUGGUGCUUCUUGGACAAAUCGUACAGCUAAAGGAAGAACAGUGUUGGAUUUUGUGGAUUAUAAUAAUCAAGAACUUAUUCAAGUUUUGACACCUACACCUGACCAACGACCAACUCAACUUGAUAGUCAACAACAAGAAUUUUAUAAACAAAUGAAACUUUAUAGACGACGACGACAAUCUAGUACUUUACCCAAACUUGUACUCGAUAAUGACGAUGAUGUUUAUGAUUACUACGAUUCAACAACUAGUAUGGAAUCAUUACAUCACUUUGUAUGGCAUCGUUGUUUACCAGAUCAGAUGUUUGUGUUUGCUGAAGACGAUAUUGAACACAUUCUUCAUGUUACCAUAUCAAGUUUGAAACUACCAAUGAAGACUAGACAAGAAAUUUGGGUUCCUUCUAAUGUUUUAUUCCUUUGUGCUCGUUAUGCUCAUUAUUAUUCUGCUCGUGAAUUGUUACAUGGAAUUCUCAGUGGUGCUAUCUCCAAAAUUGCUAAUGUGCUACAGAAUAACAAAGGUGAUAUUCAUACUCUUGCAUUUUGGAUGGCCAAUCUUUCACAAUUACUGUAUUAUCUCAAGAAAGAUACUGGAUUAGUGGUGGCAACUGCUGAACAUCAACUUGAAAUAUCUGAACUUGUUUCUGAAACUUAUGUGUUACUAGUCACCGAUUCUGAAAAACGUAUGGAUAGAAUAUUAGAACCUAGUAUGUUGGAUCAUGACCUUAUUGGAGCUGACCCCGUGGAUUUUGCUGAUGAUUGGCAACGCUUUUUCCGACACGAACAACAUCAUUCCAUGGAUCAACCCACUUCACCAAUGAAUUCACUAUCAUCCUUCAUGUCUUCUACUUCUGUCACAUCUCCAUCAUGUACCACUUUAUCUCCACAUUCCAUCACAUCUUUAUUAUCAUCUAUUUUAUAUGUGUUACAAUCUUAUGAAGUUCAUCCAACCAUCAUUGUCCAAGCUAUCGCUCAAUUCUUCCACUUUAUGUCCUGUGAACUCUUCAAUCGUAUUCUGAUGAACAAGAAGUACAUGUGUCGAUCCAAGGCUUUACAAGUGCGUAUGAAUCUAUCGAUUAUAGAAGAUUGGGUACGUGAACAACAACCUUAUUUACCUAUUCAUUUGACAAGUUAUUUUGAUCCUUUGAUUCAAUUACUUCAACUCUUACAAUGUGUCUCUCAAUUAAAUGAUUUGACGACUUUUAUUGGAACUCUUCAUGGAUUUGAACUACUCAACCCUUUACAAAUUCGACGAUGUGUACUCAACUAUCGAUAUGAAGUAGAUGAACCUCGAUUACCUGAUCAAGUAGAAAAAUAUACUAUACAACUUGCUCAA